GAAUCCAAUACCUUUCUUCACCCACCACUGUUGGUUUAUAUGUAGGUUCGGUUUCACUAUGAAGCUAAAAGAAGUUAAUAAGCCUCAAAAUAACACUUCUUCCCUCUUCUCUUUACUAAUAAACGAUAGCUCUUCCUUCUAAGUUCACCAAUGCCUAACGUGGUCGAAGUGAAGGUGGGUUUACAUUGUGUUGAUUGCAUCAAGAAGAUAUUGAAGGCCAUUAAGAAAAUUCAAGACAUUGAGACAUAUGACGUUGAUAAACAGCUUAACAAAGUCAUUGUUACGGGCAAUGUUACUACAGAAGAAGUGAUUAAAGCUCUUCAAAAGAUUGGCAAGUCUGCUACAGCUUGGGAGGCAGAGCCAGAGACCCAGUGAAGCUAAACGACUCUUAUGAGUAACUAAUAUAAACUAGCAUUAGGAUUUUGCACAAUCUUGGAUUACACAUGAAAUUUUUAAUGUAAUGAAACCUUAUAUUCCAUCAUCAUUAAAAUAUUAUCCAUUUUUCUUACUCUGUAAAUUUGUUUUUCUAUUUAUUCCACAAUAAAAGGUCGCAAUUACAAGAACGGUCGUAAAAUUAAAAACUAGGACUACGACGAGUACCAACUACUAAAGUCAUUACUCUGUACAAGAAAGAUUUACAUUACGAAAAGAAAAAAAGAAAAACUGCAGAUAAGUUAGGAAAUCGCGACCGAACUCACUGAGUCGAACAUUGACUCGAAUCUACCUCGGCUGCUGAAUCGUCCUUGGACUCAUUUUUGGCUUCACAAACUUCGGCGCUUUCUCGAUGUACCUCGGAGCUUCCACCGGAGCACGGCCCUUCCGCCAUUUCCCUGCCCCCAAACUGAUCAAGUCCGUCGUAGUAUCUGCAUCUCCCUCUACUUUCUCAUCUGCAACAAUAAAAAAGAAAACCGUGUUAGAUCGGAACGAUUCAACUCAAUUGUAGUGAUUGGAAUUGUUUAUUACAGUUUUUUUUUUUACCUUCGUAAUCGAAUAGGGCAUCGAAUUCAGAGAGGUCGGGAUCGUAAAUAUCAAGGAAGGAAGAAUCAGUUUGUGGAUCACAGAAGCGCUCCUGGAGCCAGUAGUCUUGGAACCAAGGAUUGGACUGAACGAGGACCCACCACUCGUCGGAGAAGUCUUCCACCGUCCGAUAAGCUAAGGGAACGAACAUCGGAGCAUUGGGAUUCAAAGUAGAAGAAGACGAUCUUCCAGAAAUUACUUCCAUUGCCAUUCAAUCAAAACUCUGUUACAUAUAUACAUACAAAAAAUAAAAAACAUUGUUAAAAUCUCGUCUUUACAAAUGGGAUUAUGAGAUCUGAGCGAACGAAUGUGAGAAAGAACGAACCUCGAGGUUGAAGAUGGAGAUAUUCCAGCUGAUGAUGUUAAAGUAGAU